AUGCCAAUCACUGCAUAUGAUCCAUCCCGGUUCAACUGUCAAAUUCGGACCCUAGUCCAACCCUUUUCUCCUCCACUGACCCUUCCCAGAUCUGCGCUAUGCAGCUCAGUCCAUCAAAGACCACAGUCAAUUUCAGUGCCAGGUAUCCCGUCCUCCUUUGGGUACAUUCUUUUCAGGUCCUCCACCCAACGCUCCCCUUCGGGCCUUUUCCAAAAUGCCAGUCCAGUCUCCAAAACCAUGGCUCUCUUGUACGUCAGUUCACUCCAGCCCGCUCCUCCAACUCCAGUCCCAGUCCAUUCCCAAAAUCAAGUCCCAGCCGGUGACGGCCGCUUCCCAAGGCAACAAUCCAGCCUCAACUCAGCUCCAGUUCACUCCUCACAUCCGUCCUCAAUUCAGCCGAAGCGCCUUUUCCUAGCAAUCAUCCACCACAACCCAAUCCAGCUUCCAUCCGAUUCCAGUGCAGGUUCCAGAACCAUAUCUCUCCUCCAAGCCCAGUUCAUCCGUCCAAUCAAUCUCUAG